AUGGCUAGCCCAAGGACACGGCGAGUGCUAAUGGAUGUCAAGAAGACAAAUGCGAACCAUUUAUGUUUCGAAUGUGGGUCGCCAAAUCCUCAAUGGGCUAGCGUUACAUAUGGUAUUUGGAUAUGUUUAGAGUGUUCAGGAAAACAUCGUGGAUUAGGGGUUCAUUUGAGUUUUGUUCGCUCAAUUAACAUGGAUAAAUGGAAGGAGUUGGAAUUGGAAAAAAUGAAAGUCGGAGGCAACAGACAUGCUAAGGAGUUUUUCGUUUCACAACCUGAUUACAGACCUCAGUGGAGUUUUCAAGAAAAGUAUAAUAGUAAAGCUGCUGCUUUGUUGAGAGAUAAGAUUGCAACUGAAGCGUCUGGGGAGGAUUGGGAUGAAGAAGCCGCUAAUGUACGUAAUAAUAAAUCUACCAGUAUAAGUCAUGUAAAAACAACCGGUGAUCUGCCAUCUUUAUCCUCAGAUAAACGAAACUUUUAUAAUCAUAAUGAUUAUCAAACCCCUGACUAUUAUCCUGGAUCAAAUAAAAUGACCAGUUGCCAUUCAGAUUUGGAAUCCUGGUUAAGAGAUACAACCUUAUCCGAGGAGCAUGAUUCAUCUACAACACCAGCAACGAAAACAACAACUACUUCUGCCAGUGCACGUUAUGAUAAAGUUCCAGAUUGGGCUGACUCCAAAUUUAUGGAUGAUAAUGGUAAAUAUACGAAUUCUUCAUCUCGGCAUUAUUCAUUAGUACCUGAACGAAAUGAUAAAUACUCAUGGCAAUCAGGUUGGGCAAUGGUUAGUCAAGUGGCCUCAGUAGCUGCUAAAUGUACCAGUCAAUUAGCAUCUCAAGCAACACAAAAAACCAAAGAAUUAACUCAAUCCGUUCAAGAAAAAGUUAAAGAUAGCAAUAUUUUGGAUUCAUUAUCAAAAGGUGUUGAUACUGUCACUUCAAAGUUACAAACAGUGAAAGCUCAAGGAAUUCGAAGUUUUGAAUCUUAUUGGACUAGUAAUCCUGAAUCAGAUCUAUCUACUGGAAAUUCUGAUAAAUCAUAUGGAUCUACUCAUUUUAGUAAUCGUGAACAAGGUCGUUCCAAUUCAAUGUUUCUUGAUCGACACCUACAACAUGGAACUGAUCCGUUUAAUAGAAGUGAAGGAAAAGAAACUUCAUUGUCAAAUACCAACUGGAAUAAUAGUGAAACCUGUGAUUGGGAUUUAAGCAAUGAUCAUGGAUGGGGAUCAAUUGAUAAUGAUAGUUGGUCUACCACAACUGAUAGUAGUAAUUCUAGGAUAACACGAACUAAUGAAUCAGUUGUACGACGUGAUUCUAAACUUGAAAACAAUGGUUACAAUCGAAGAAGCCGUAAAAAUUCUUAAAUUCAAUACCUUGAAAAUUUCAAUUCUUUCAAUCUUGUUUUUUUUUGUUUUUUUUGUUGCUGGGAUAUGUGAUCAAGGUCAUUUAUCUUGUUUGUAUACUGUAACUAUACAAUUUCUUGACUCUUUUGUUUUCCUGCUUGAAUAAGUAUUGUUUUUCUUUUCCUAUCCUCUUUUUUCUUCUUUUUUUUUAAAAAAAAUUUGAAAUAAUGUAUCAUUUAUUUUCAAUCUGAAGAAAUCUCUUUCAUUUACUAUAUAUACAUAUAUCUUGAUUUCGUUAUGUAAUCAUUAUGAUAUAACUUAAAGAUACACAUAUACUAUAAAUGAUAAUACUUGUCAUGGUAACUAAGUCAAUUAUCUUUCUCUCUUUGAUUUUUUUGUUGAUCUUUUUGUUUUUAAACCCAUUUGAAGGCUUGUGCGAUAUUAGUAUCCACUAUUUCAGUAGUAUAUAUAUAUAUAUAUAUAUAUAUAAUGUGAAACGUUUGCACGGUUUAAGUAAAACUCAUCCUCUAUGGUGUUACGUUUUUCUUUUUCUUUUUUAUAGACAGAUAUGACUUAUUCAAUUGAUUCGCCUGUUCACUGUUUGUUUGUAUGUGUUACUCUGAUUUAAUUAUUCAGUAAUUAGGCUUAUAAUUUAUGAAUGGUGAUUUAUUUCUAUGAAGAAGCGGAUGGUCUUUAUUCGGUUAUUUCAACACAUGGAUCGGGGAUUUAUUACCGGUGUAUUUUACUUUUAAUGAUUAGAUUUUCAGUACAGAUCCAUCUUAUUUCUAUGGAUAAUGUUAAUAAGCCUCACAGAGAACAGUACAGUUUUGAACUUAAAAAGAUAGAUUUGUGAAGAAAUGAUGAAUGUGUAAAAGUCUUAAAUCUUGUGUAAAAUUGUUGUUGAAAUGUUUUGUUUACUAAUAAGUAGUUUAUCACUUUUAUUUAAAAUUAUCAUAUCCACUAGUUAUAGUCGUAAUUUCAUGUAUAAAAUGUUUCUCUAUGUUUGAUGUUUACAUUGAUACAAAGCAAUGCUACUGAAAUUUCCUUAAUAACGAAUUUCGAUAUUUUCUCAACUGUCCUUUUUUCCACAAUUUUCUGGAUACAUUAAAAUCAGCAACAGCAGAUCGUGUCUUGUCACCUUCAAUAUGUGUCUGUGUAUACGUAGGUAAAAGGAUCGUUUACUUUGUUCAAUAUAUUGUUUCUCUCAGUUAGUACAAUUCGUUCUGUUGAUAACGGUGCAUAUUUUUAACUUGUGUUUUUUUUUCUGAGUGAAAUGGAAUGAAAUAAAUAUGUUGGUUUGUUUGCGACAUUGAUGCUGAAAUGUCUGCAAUGUUUUCCAUAUUUGGUAGGACACUGUUUUCUAAUUCACGAAAGUGAUCUCGUAGUGGUAUGUCAAUUUGCUAAGCUCAUUUUUGAUGAAACUGUACAGCUUUCAUUUCUUACGGUAGGUGGACAUGAAAUUAGUUUACUCAACUUUUAGUAAGUUAACAAUGCUAUUUUGAGUUUUGACUGCAUACAACAUUUGUUGUUUGCUGUUGGGUUGCUCAUGUUGUAAUUUAAUGUUUGUUCUAUGUAACUUAACUUCCUGUAUACUUGUGAUUCUAUUAUUUACUUUACAGAUUAAGAAAUCCGAGAAUGAGAUAUCAUUUCUUGAUUCUUCUUUUGUAAGGUUGCGGUCAUCAAAGAUGUUACUGUCCAACUUAUUAGUGAUUUCGAGUUAAUCUCUUCAGAAGUGCAGUGAAAACUUUAAGUUAUCUAGUUUCUCUUUUAAAAAGUUUAGUCUUCAUGUGUUAGGGCAACUGCGAUAGCCUAUAAUCUUGAUUUCCGCAGUGACUUUCAGUUAUAUGAUUGAUUGUUCUUGCUUCUAGUUUGCUACUUUUGUGAUGUACCUGAAAACCACACUUGUUUCUGUACAGACAGUGUUAUUUCAUCACAAUUUUGACUUCUGUUGCUGAUGUGAUAACCAUC